AUGACUCGGCCUAAGAAAUUCAGAGGUGUCAGGCGACGCCAUUGGGGUUCCUGGGUGUCUGAGAUUCGUCAUCCAUUACUGAAAAGAAGGGUGUGGCUUGGGACGUUUGAGACAGCAGAAGACGCAGCCCAUGCAUACGACGAGGCAGCUAUCUUGAUGAGUGGCCGGAAUGCCAAAACAAACUUCCCUAUUAAACCAAACCAUCAAGUCUAUAAUAAUAAUAGAAUGGCUGCAGCAGCAACGACGUCGUUUUCGGCCAUUCUUGGUGAAAAGCUUCGGAAGUUCAGCAAGACUACACCGUCACCCUCCCUCACUUGCCUCAGGCUCGACACUGAGAAUUCCCACAUCGGCGUUUGGCAGAAACGGGCCGGGUCUCGCUCUGGCUCCAACUGGGUCAUGAUGGUUCAGCUAGCAACCGCUACCACCAAUAACAUUAAUAAUAAUAACAGCAAAGAUCAUCAUCACCAUCAACCUCUGCAACAAGUACUAGUCCCUGGUGAUGAUGAUCAAGUUCUAGUGCAGCCGACGAGGCCAGAAGAAGGUGGCGGCACUAUCGGACUGGAUGAGGAGGAGAGAGUAGCCUUGCAGAUGAUUGAGGAGCUCCUUAAUAAUAAUAAUUAGUUGAGUUCAUGAUUAUGAUUAUCAUUAUGAUUAUGAUUAUAUAGCUACCUUGAAUGUAGGGACCAUACAUUAUGGGAAGCUUCUAUAAAUGCUUGGCGUCUAAAUUAAGUGAUUAUUCUG